UAAAUAGCGCAGCUGCGACAAAAUAUUUUGUUCAAAAUCUUCAAAAAACGUUUCGAAAUGAAAUUGUUUCAUCAAAUUUCCAUGGUAACCGAGCCAACCACAAAUGACAGCAUAGUAUUUUCUUGCGCAAGAUCAGCUUGCGAAUAAUAAUGAACAGAAAAUCACAAGAAUGCCUUAUCGAACGAUAGCUGGCCUAACAGCUGCGUGUCCGUUCUCGCUUGGUAGCCAUUGAUAUAUAUUGAUAACAGGGUUACAUAUUGAUAUUACAGUUAUUUUUUUGUAGAAUUUCAAAGCUUAUAUAGGAGCCAGAAAAGUGUUCAGCACUUGGGUCUUGCAGGUACAUCGACAACCAGAUGCCAAUGCAGUGCAGUUCCGGGGUGGUAAUUGUCACCCUAAAAUUUUGCCAACAAUGCACAAGAAGAAAAAUACCAUUCUGGCACGAUUCCAGUUCCCCCAGUUGUUUGGAGAUGUCCCGGACAAUCAUUGUGGUACCACCCGAUGCCGGUGGGCGGCGGCCGCGACGGUCAGCCCGCGUUGCCUCGCUGGUGCAGCUGCUGGAGCCCGCCGUACCAGUGACUCUGGCGGCAGUCAGCCCGGCAGACCCCCCACCAGGUGGCUCGGCAGACAGACCUGCGGACGAGGCGGCGGGACGACCCGGUGCCGUAAAACGGCCACGGACCGGCCUCCUCACUGCCGGCAGUCUGGAUUCUGACUCGCCAUCAUCUGAUGCCACCGCAGCUCCUUUGGAUACGACGGAGCAGACGCCAGCUGCCACCAGUGCCUCUGGUAGUCCAAAUGCGAACGAUGAAUACGGGACUUCGCCACCAGGCUCAACCGACCCAGGACCUAGCGGCUCAACUGCGACAACCAGCGCGGCCGGUGCGACCGGGUCGGCCCAGCAGGAGAAGCCCGAGUGUGGCAUCUGCCUGGAUACGUGCCUGCACCCGGUGAAGCUGCCGUGCGGCCACGUCUUCUGCUACCUCUGCGUCAAGGGUGCCGCCAAACUGUCGGCACGCUGCGCGUACUGCCGAGCCGAGGUGACUGAGAAAUUCAUCAACAACCCGCGGCUGCUGGACGAAACGGAGGUGGAGCGGGAGCUGACGGACACCAGUCAGAGUCACCACUGGCUGUACCAGGGCAGGCACGGCUGGUGGCGGUACGACGAGCGCACCAGUCGCGACAUCGAGACGGCCUUCUCCGCCCAGCAGCCCUCCGUCCAGAUCUCCGUGGCCGGUGAGCUGUACACGGUCGAUUUCGGAACGUUCACUCAGUUCCACGACCAGUGCCGGGGCCGGCGCAGACGGGUGAGACGGGAGGCGGCUGACGCGCCGCCCGACCCGGCGCUCAACUGUAAGGGGGUGGCCGGGCUCCGGAAAAAGCGGCGCAGGCAGUGAUGAGGCUCGGAGGGGGAGGGAGCUCCCUCAGGUAGUCAGGUAGGUCGGCUGCUACGCCUUAGGGCGCACUGGGGCUGAUUUACCUGACCCAGAGUGGGCUAGAUGGAGGAUUUUAGUGGUCUGGUUAUUGGUAUUCGGCUAGUGGCAAAAGACAGGCCUAUUUGUGAUUGGUUUCUUCCUCUUGCCGUAGAACUAGCAGCAGUUGGGGUGGCAGUUGGGGUUUAUCAGCCUCCCCUCAACCAGUAUUACGAGCAGUAAGCUGAUUGAAACUGUUGGUGGUUACAUUGAUGAGGGAGUUUAAACUUAGAACGAGCUUUUCAAACGCGUCGCGAAGUCAAAAUUGUGUCGUGAACCGACUUUGGAUAUUGGUUCCGAUUGGUUUCAGUUGUUGUACCGGACUCGGGUCUCAGAGUGUACAAUGUACAUGCCGGCUACUGUUCUCAGGGUGCAAUGCACGGAUUUGCCGAGUUAUGCGCUGUGCGAAGCAUAUAACUGGGCCAGUUGGUCUUAGUUUGUCGACUCGCUAUGGGCUAUGAGGUAACUGAAGCCAGUUUGGCUGGACAAUGUGUGCGAGCCGGGUCGACGCUACUUGCGUAUCGCUGUGCCUAACCGAAUCGAAAAUGCAAACGAGCGAGGCAACGGCUCUGGCCAUCGACCGACUACUGAUAGCCAGAGACGCACAGUAUGGCUGAGCUAUAUUGGUUUGUUAGUGUUUGACUGUGCAAUGCGUGUAUCACGUACUUUUCACCCUGUGAAGGGUGACCAAUGUCACAUUCGAAAAUCGAACGGGUUCUGUUUUAAGGGAAAUUGCCCUAGAGUUGCUGUCAUGCUGUGCCCUAUACAUAUAUGAUUCAGCAUAUACUUAACCUAACGUACAGGAGUGUCUACCUUAGACAGUCACAAUCGUGCACGCGGAUUGCUGUGCUUGGAAAAAAUUGCUUAGAAAAGCUGUCUUGCAUGCAGCUUGAUACUUAAUCAAGCGAGCAUUGAUUCCGUACUGAAAUUCGGUGAUGGCUACACGGUGCCUGUGUUCAAUGCUGCGUCCGUGCUAUUUAUGAUAAGUUUGAAGGUGGCGCUCCCGCCCGUACCUGAUAGAUGUAUGUGUGUACAAAGUAUUGCUUCACGUAAAGAAUGAUACGUUUGUGAGCUUCACAAUCAUAGUUGCUUUCGCUAAUAAAGGAAAUCACGCUUCAGCCGAAAUAA